AUAAAAAGAUGAUGUGUAUUAUGGUGGGGUAUAGUAAAUAGUGGAGGAAAAAGUGAUGAGAGGUUUUUUUUUCUCCUCAUUGAUGUAGUGAAAAAAACAUUUGAUGAGAGAAAUUGUAUGGGAGGAGUGAGAAAGUGGGUAGAGAGAGAUUGAGAGGUUUUUUUUUUUUCCUCACUGCUGAUAGUGGUCUUAGAUAAAUGUAUUAAAAGAAAAAGAAAAAAAAAAAAGUUAAGAUAAUGAUAAACACUCAUUUAAGACAGUAAAUUCAAAACCGUAAUCCGAAGUAUAUUAUCCAUUUCCCGCUUUACCCAUUUAUUUAUUUAAUUUCCCCAAUAAUUUAUUUAUUUAUUUUUUAAAAAACGUUUGACGCCUCUUUACCUUCACUCACACAGACACUCAAAGCUUCCCUCGCAAGCUUAACUCUUCUUCAUCCUCUUCCCUUUCUUCAUUCUCUCUCCUCUUUCAUCUUCACAAAUUUUCUCUCUCCUCCAUUUUUCUUUACAAUAUAUCUUCGCAAUCAUGAGACGCAGCACAAGGAGGUCAACAAUGGCGGUUUCUAUUCACAGUUCUCUCGAUUUCGACUCUAACAGAAUAAGUACCAGAAGAUCUUCCUCCAUUCUUCCUCAAUCCGAAGAAACCCGUAAUCCGGUUGGAAACUUUACCACCAAAUUUUCAAUGUCCUCGUUUGUAAAGAAAGUGGAAGAGCUCACACAUGAUCAGAGAACUGCUAUUGAAAAAGUCGGGUUUGGAAACUUGCUUCGAGUUCCUCAUCAUACCCUACGAAAAAAUCUUUUAGUUGAAUGGAUGGAGCGCUGGGACUGUGAGAAAAGGGCAUUUGUACUUCAUGAUAAGGAGCUUACCAUUACUGAUAUGGAUGCUGCAUUGAUCUUGGGGUUGCGUACUGUUGGUAACCCUGUAAGUUUGAGUGAAGAAGAUCCAUUAUCUGAAAUGGAAAAGGAGUAUGGAGCUACCAAAAGUAAUCGAAAGAUCAGUAUGUCUGCAAUUGAGGGAAGGUUACAAUCCCUUGGUGAUGAUGCUAGUGAAGAUUUUGUAAGGAAUUUCUUGCUAUUUAUGUUUGGGACAAUUCUAUUCCCAAGUUCAAAUGCUAAACUAGACUCGCGCUAUCUUUCCUUUCUUCAAGACCUUGGGGGAGUGUCCAAGUAUGCUUGGGGUAGGGCUGUUGUUAAGGACCUAUUCAAUUGGUUAUCUAAAAGGAAAGAGGAACAAAUAAAAAGCAUGGAAGGUUGCCUUAUUCUUCUCCAAAUUUGGUCCUACGAACAUAUAGACAUUGGGCGUCCAAUUCUGAUAAGUUGCUCGGUGGACUUCCCUCGAGCUUGCCAUUGGGAAAGUAGUAGGUGUAACAGCCCAAGGCAUUGGUUCACUUCCAAGUUCAAUGAGGUUGAAGAGAAUCAGGUAAUAUGGAAGCUGCAACCAACAGCAACUGAGAAGAAUAAUGAUUACAUACGAGAGUUACUAAUGGAAGAAGCUGCGGGAGGAGAAAAGAUUCUUUCAACUAGUACAAACAUCACAACAUCCAUGACAAAAGAGGUCCCAUCUAAGAGUUUUAGCCAGAAGGCUGUAUUUAAUGAGAAACCAGAGGGAGGGGUGGCAAGAGGCAAGCAUGAUCAACGAGCAGAUAUUCCAGAGAAUUCUGGAACAUCAGAAAUAUCAUCAGAAGAAUUCGAGAGAGAAGAGGUUAUGAAGACUAGAACAAGAGCCACAACAUCUGCGGCUAUUCUCCCACCUAAGCAUGAGCAGCAAGCUGAUAUUCCAGAGAAUUCUGGAAUAUCAGAAAUAUCAUUAGAAGAAUUCGAGAGAGAAGAGGUUCUAUCAACUAGAACAAGAGCCACAGCAUCUGCGGCUAUUGGGCUCCCACCUGAGCAUGAUCAGCGAGUUGAUAUUCCAGAGUAUUCUGGAAUAUCAGAAAUAUCAUCAGAAGAAUUCGAGAGAGAAGAGGUUCUGUCAACUAGAGCAAGAGCCACAACUUCUGCGGCUAUUGGGCUCCCACCUAAGAGUUUAAGCCGACAUGCUAUAUUGGAUAAACCAGACAAAGGUACGGGAAGAAGCAAGCAUGAUAAUCAAGACUUACCAGAGGAUUCUAGGCAGUCAAUGGACGUGUCAGUGGUAACCGAAGAUUAUGCGGAAUGUUCCUCAUUGUAUGGUUUGCAAGAGGACCAGAGUGCAGAGACAUCCCAUAAUGUUAAGGAAGAGUAUGUUUUGGAGAAUGAGAAAUCAGAAGCAAACGAUGAUGUUAUUAAACUCAAGAGAGAAAAUGCUGUUAUGAGGAAGAUAGUAGAAAACCUAAGAAAGGAAAAUGCUGAGCUGAAAGAAGAUAUCCAACGCUUGAGGGCUCCUCCUACACUUGCUGAUAAUAUAGAAAGGCUUAUUGAUGAAUACUUUGAUGGAGUUUAGGAUGCUUCGGAAGCUGUUUGUUUUCGAUGAAUUCACUUCCUUCACCAUAGAAGCGGCAUCAGCUGAUUGUUUAUCAUUGGAUAAGCGUGCAUAUAUUCAACAUCUGAUUUCUGCUCUCUGGUAUAAGUAAUUAUGUGUACUGGUAUGAUUGCAUUAUAUAGUGACUGUAGUCCCAUGCUGUAAGUACUAGUUCAUAGUUUGAUCCAACUUACGAGUGUAACAAUUGGAGAUUGUUAUAGUCCUUAUAGGCAAUUCCUUUAUCCCCACAUUAUCUAUAGUAAAAUAAACUUGAGGCAUGAAAGUCUGGCAAAACUCUGUUACAUACUUACAUAGCCUAGUCUGUAUAAGCUGCAGUAGCAGAGCGUAGUGUAUAUAAUUUGAAGAAAAUUUUCUAAUAUACAUGUGUGUAUUUGUAAUUGUGUCACCAUUUGGGGUCUUUAUGGAGAAUAAUUGGGGCCAUUUUUUA